AUGAUAGUGGCGCACUCUUGCUGACACAAGGUGAACAAUUAAACCAAACAAACAAGUGACAAACCAGGAAAUCUUAAUUUUUUUGACAAUUUAAUUGUUUUACACUGAUUUUUAUUCGUGUUUUCAUCACGUAAAAACUAAUAUGAAAAGGCGGCGAAGUGAACCUAAUCCAAAUCCACUUUUUUUGAAAUGGCUGCUGGAAUGGAAGGAAGAGGCAGCGAGGGAGAAAAAAGAAUCCCUUAAACAAUGCUUAAUGAAAGCCGCUAAAUCUCUCAAAGAAUGCCGAGAGACACUUUAUAGUGGUGAAGAUUGCGGUAAACUUAAAUAUUUUGGACCAAAAGUUUGCGCUAUGUUACAAAAAAGACUCGAUCAACAUAUUGAGGAGAAUGGUAAUCUGCCAGGACCUUUUGAUGAUGUUGCUAAAACUCCCAGGAGAGCUCAAAAUCAAAGAACUCCAAAAACUUACGUUCCGAAACCUGGUUCAGGUGCUCAUGCGUUACUUCUAACAUUAUAUCGACAAACACCAUCAGGAAAUAAAGGAUUCAUGACAAAAGCACAGUUACAGGCUGAAGCACAGCCUCUAUGCGAUACAUCAUUGAAAAAAGCGCAAGCAGGUACUUUUUAUACUGCCUGGAAUUCAAUGACGACACUUCAAAAAGAAGGACUUGUUCUAACUUGGUCCAAUCCUGCAAAGUUUCGUCUCACAGAGGCAGGAAAAAAGCUUGCCGAAGCCAUUGAAAAUGCAAAUAAUCAAGGCAAUGCUCGUAAUGGAAAUGUAAUAACUACUCGUGAUAAUGUAGCCACUUUUGAUAUUUUGUCAUCUGAAGAUGAAGAGGAAAUAUAUAUCAGACCAAAACCGCAUGCACUUUCCAAUUUUGCUCUCGACAAUUUUUCUAAUAACGUGGAAAAUAUUCCAUCAACUUCAACGAAUAAGUCGAAACCACUAUCAUCAUUUUCUCAUUUUGACCUCGAUAAUUUUUACGACAAUAUAGAAAACAUACCGUCAACAUCAAGGAAACAAUCGAAACCUCAAUCAAAUUCCGAUUUUGGUUUGAAUAAUUUUUAUAAUAACAUAGAAAAUAUACCGUCAACUUCAACGAAACAAUCGGAAAGAACGUCGCCAGAAAAAGAUAUUUUCUUCUUUGAACCCAAUACAUUUGACAUUAUUUUAUUGGUUGAUAGUCAAGAAACUAGCGGAAAAGCAAAACAAAAGGAUGAUCCAACUUACACAGAAUUAAGAUCAUUGAAUCAACAAUUUGAAGUUCGACGUUUGAAUGUAGGAGAUUUUAUGUGGAUUGCAAGAUGUAGAACCACAAAGAGAGAACUUGUACUUCCGCAUAUUGUCGAAAGAAAACGAAUAGACGAUUUAGAACAAAGUUUAAAAGACUCGAGGUAUAAGGAACAAAAGGUAAGAUUAAAGCAAUCGGGAAUCAAGAAUCUGAUUUACUUGAUAGAGAGUUAUGCUAAAAAUCAACAUACCACCAUCGAUAUUAAUACUCUCUUUCAAUUGUCAGUAAAUACCCUUAUUCGAGAUGGUUUCAUUGUAAAAUACACGGAUAGUCAUCAGGAUUCUAUGUUGUAUUUGUCAAUUUUAACAACAAAUCUCAGAAAUAUUUAUAAGAGUAAACGUUUGUCAAGUUGUGACAAAAAGGAUUUGAAUUCCCCUAAUACUUCUAAAAAUUCAGAAUCACUAAUGGUAUUCGAAAAAUUCGAUAAAGAUAAUGCGAAAACAAAGCCGAGAAAAGUAAAAGAAAUGUUUUUACGACAACUUAUACAAAUAAAAGGAGUUUCCGCCGAUAAAGCUGUGGCAAUUGGGGAAAUAUUCCCAACGCCAAAAUUACUUUAUACUGCGUUAGUCGAUUCAGAAAGUAGAGGAGAAAAUCUUCUAGAGCCAUUGCAAUAUGGUUUGGCCAAACGGCAAAUAGGGCCAGUUAUAAGCAAAACUAUUUAUCAAUUAUAUACACAGAGAAUAUUAACUUAGUUUCUAUAUCUUACGACAAAAAAGUGUUUUUGAAAAAAAAGAAAGUUAAGUAUUAAUAAUUUAAAGUUUAUAAAAAUCAUUUCUGGCUGUGCGAUGAUUAAAAAAAAAUAUCGAAAAAAGUUUUUAUUUUUCUUUAAUAAUAAAGUUUAUAAAAAAACUUAUAUAAGUUUAUUAACUUAAAUUUAGUAUAUAUAUGUAAAGCAAAUUCUAAAAAAAAUAAUAAAUCAUUAUUUUUCAAUA